AGCAUCUUUUCGAGUGGGUUAUUUCGCCAGCGUCCAACACCCAUGAGCCACUACAACCCAUACGGCUCGGCCCAGCCAUCGCGCUCCCCAUACGACUACAGAUACACCCCAGCCCCGACGCCGCCCCCGCCCCCGCCAGGAAGCUAUCGCCCUUACGACCCGUACCCCACCGAGAGCAGACGGUACCCGUACGACAACCCACCACCACCGCAACAGCAACAAAGGGGUCCCUACGAUGACCACUAUGACCCUUACCAACCCUCAGCCAGCGCCUAUCAAGCACCACCACCACAACCUAUUCGCGUCCCCCUGAAUUACAGCCUCAAUGUACCUCUUCCUCCUCAACCACAGUCGGUCGCUCCCCGGCAGCCUGUUCGUCAUUCCCCACCGAGGAAUGCGCCAUAUCCUCCUCGGCCGAUUUCCCAUCCUCCGGCUUCCACCCCACCUCCACAAUCUUCCACAGAGCUGACCAUCUUGACACCACCCACUACCGUCUCCGUGGCCGGGCAUACCACCGCCGUGUACACCCUCCCGCCGAGUCAUCUGCCGAUAACGAAAUAUGUCGCUGUCAAUCGGGACGAUGCGGUCGAGCUCCAUCACCGUCUAAGCUCAGCCCAUCCGACAGUGUGGUACACCGCAGCAUGUACAAGGGCCGGAGAAGCUUGGUCUACAGCGACAGAGUGGAAUACGAAAGAGAACCAAUCGGGCAAGAAGAUGAGGGGUGUGAUCCAAGGUGGUGAAGCGAUGGAUGGGGAACUCGCAGGGAUCUGUAAAGCGGUAGAAGGGUUUCAGGAACUGUUACACCAGUCUAUCCGGAAUGGGACACCCAUCACUAGCGAGCUGGUCAUCUUUUGUGAUUCCCAAGCUGCCAUCGUCGCGAUCGACACGUCUUCCCACCCUGAAGCAUUGCGGUUCGACCAUCUCUGGCGCGAAAUCUGUACCGAAUUCUUAUACGCCCACAUCACCCUCGUCUGGAUCCCCCGCGAUUCCAACGUGGAGGGUUACGUCCUCACCCACAAAAUUGCAGUCGUCGCCGCAGGGAAUUCGUAUACGAAACGACGGAAAGAGAGGGCGUUGCCGGAGCAGUAUGUGAGGAUGGGUACAGGGGACGCGGAGAGGCCGGCGAGUGUGGUAGCUGGACCGUGGCAGAGGGGUGAUGCGGAUCCUUCUAGGCGGAAAGCGGUUUUUGAGAGACCAAGGCCAAGACCUGAGCCUGAGCCUGUGACGAGGACGACCCCUGCAGCUGUACCCGCGCCUGUGCCCACACCUGCACCCGCACCCAUGUCAUUACCAUUGCCCUCAUCAUUACCCUCAAUAUCCGUCCCUCCCAUCCCCGCCUUCAGCCUCGCAUCUCCAUUGCCUGCGUCGCUGACAUCCAUCACCCAUCCACCCAUGCCUUCAGCGGCGCUUCCAGCGUCUGUCGAUAACGGUCUAUCAGUACAAGCACCCGAGACGGCAGUCGGUGGACAUGUUGAGACUUUUGCAGACGCCCCCGGUCCAGAUUUUGAUUUCGACGAUGAAAUCACUCCUCGGCCAAAUUCGAUCUUUGUCACCAACUUCCCGGCAGAGGUAUCUGCAAAAGAUAUCGGUAUUCUCUUUGCCCAGUACGGCGAAAUCGUGACAGUCGACAUCUUCCACUUUAGCCCUUCCCACCCCCGCUUCGCAAACGUCACCUACUCUGAUCCCUCGUCCGGCCUCGCAGCAUGCCAAAGCCUGAACGGCCAGUCGGUGAAACGCAAGCUCGAUACAUUUAACCCAUCGUUCCUCAAAGAGUACGAGGAGGAUUUACAAGUGUGGCAUGAUUGUGAAAAGGUUCUGACCGUGCUACCGCAUGAACCCCCCGAACCGCUUCCGUCGUUGGUGGAGGUGUUGUAUCCAGAUUUACAUGAGUGGGUCAAGGCUCUGGAGAGGAAGAAGAAGGCAGUGAAGGAUGAGAAGCGGGAAGCACAAGAGGCAAAGGAGGCGGAGGAGGAGCGGGAAGAGGCAGAGGUGGGUGUGGAGCUUGGGGUAGAAGACCGGAAGAGGGACAGAGAGGAGGCGACGGAUGAUGUUGGGCGAGACGGUACCGCCUCUCCAUCACCGGCGAAACGCGCUCGUCUUGAGGUCAUGGACGUCGUGGACGCCCAACCCCAACCGUCAUCUACACUUACUCCUAGCGACGAACAAGCAGCUCCAGUGGAGGAUGUGAAGAUCGGAACCGGGGUCGCUACUAACGAUGGUUCUUCUGGCUCACAAGUUCUCUCCUCUACCAAAGACCAGAAUGAGGAGCAGAAGCAAGAUACGACUGACGUCGCUUCGACUUUGGCUGACGUUUCUUCUGAGAAGAAAGACGGUGAAGCUACUCAUCAAGCCCAGAGCCAGGGUAUUAACGUUGAUAUCCUUUCUACUGCUGUCGUCGAAUCUGACAAGAAGCAAGCAAACAGUGACAAUGACGAUGACAAUAACGAUAACGUUACUACUCCUCGUCCUUCAGCUGUGUCGUCCGUCUUGACGCUUCCGCUUUCCCUUCCUGAUAACCCUUUUGCUGCUUUACAAAAAAGUUUAUCUGCUCUUCCCCCUACACCUUUUACGGCUACGACCCCUUCCGUCCAGGCUCAGAUUGAGACUCAACCACCUUUGACCAAUAACUUACCCCCGCCGACAACUUCAUCUCCUCUCCUCCCACCGCCUCCCGAAUACCCCAUCAAACUCAGCCCUGAAACCCUUCGCUUGCAAAUCAGUCUCGUACUCGACUCACUCCUCAAACUCAACAACAAUAACUGGAUCGCUCAUUGUUGCCUCAUCGCUCAGUAUAUCAACCGACUCCGUCUUUCUCUCGAGGAUGAUCUGGGCGUCGCGGAGGAGUGUGAGAGCCAGAGCAAAGAAUUCGAACGCGUCCUCACAGGAAGGGGGUAUACCUUGCCAAAGAUUGAUGCGUUUGUGAUCAAAGUGCUGAAUGUGUUGGAUGGGAUCGCGGCAGCCGAGGAAACCAAGAAAGAAGGAGAGGAAGGGGAAGGGGAAGGGGAAGGGAGUGCACAGGCUUUAGCGGAAAAGCUGCAAAAGCUGUUGGAACCGUUCCCUGUGCAGACAAAAGAGGCGAUGGAGGGUGCGGGGAAGAUGAUGGAGUAUCUCAGACGAGGGAAAGAGUUUCAGGAGAAAAAGAGGCUGGACUGGGAACGACGGGUAAAAGUGAUGGAGGGAAUGGCCAAGAUCGGCGAUGUCGUUGGUGGGGUGGUAAGGUAUCUCUUGACAGAAGCAUAGAAAUAAAAUAGUAUAAUCGUCAUUGUCUUUGAGGUAGAACAGUAGUAUCUUGUCAGCUUCUGUUGUUGCAUCUUCCGAUUGUCG